AUGGGUUCGACGGGCAAAGUCUCUCUGCCAGAACACUGGACAGAGUUGAGCGCGGCCAGAGUGCACAGGCAACAAUGCGCCGACGAAGUGGAUGCCAUCAAGAAGGCGUGUUUAUCAGAAUGCGAAAAAGCAAGCGUGGUGGAAUGCGAAAAGUGUUUCCCUAUGGUCCUUGACAGAAUGCGUGCUCGAUAUUGCGAUGCAGAAGGCAGGGAGUGGUUCUCGGAGCGAAGAGCAUUUCUGAAUGAACUGGACGUCAUGUUUAGCGAUGUCAAAGAUCACAAGAAGAUCGACCUCAAGUCAAUCGAAGACAGUAUUGCAUCGGAAAAAGAGGCAUGGUACCGCUGGGUGCUACGCAUGUACCCGCAGUUCCUCUCAGUAGGAGAAGGCGGGGCGGAUCAAGACGAGCUGCGAGCAAUGCUAGACGACCCGGUUAAGCGCUGGGAAGAGCUCACUGAGAGGAUAUGGGAGGGUGUUGGCAAGCCAGCCAACUGGGAAGCCGACGUGGACUCUCUCACCGAUCAAAUCACAGCCGCCAAAAACGACGCAGCAUCAUUGAAACAGAUCUACAUCGACUUCUUCUUCAAAGAUUCGCAAACGGGAGAGGUGGUGGAAAACGCGCAGCAAUACCUGGAAGCGUAUGCAGCCAGCGACACAAUGUCCAUUGAGCAAGUCAUUGACCAGAUCUCACAAGAUCACAAAGCGAGCCUUACGACGGAACCGCAACGUGAGCAUCACAGAAACCGGCUGGAUGAGCUGCGUAGAGCAAAGAUGGCGUUUGAGCAGAACAGGCUGCAGCAUAAGAUUCGAGCCCAAGCAAGCCAAACGCCCGCUAUUUCCCAGGACUUAUAUAAUCUACCACCAUGUGCAGUUUGUGCAGCUACGGUGGAUCCUAAAGAUGUUCUGUCGUGCUCGGUGUGCCAGGCAUUUGCUCAUAUGGGCGGCACGAGGGAGUUAACAGUGUGGUGCUCGGAUGAAUGCUUCGAAAGGGGUGUCGGCGACCACAAUGAAAUGGAGCACGACUGCGAGAGCGGAGAUAGAUGUGUGCAGUAUGAUGAUGAAGACAUGGAAAUGCAGGACUGGACUAGAUGUGCAGCAUCCAAUCUCGCGAGGCACAGACACGAAAGACAUGGACUUAAGACGGCUGCGUAUGAGAUUAAGAAGCUGGCAGUGCCUCUAUGGGAAAUCGUGGAAAAGACUCUGAAGGAGGCAAACCCGGGGUUGAAGUAUACAGUAGUUGAAUGA